GCUGCCCUUGAACAGGUCUGAAGACACCAGGCUCUCUCUUGAGCUGGGCCUGUUCAGGGACUGCAGGAGAGGCUGGGAGGUGAGAAAUUGAGAACUGCUGCUAACCAUGGCAGCACCUCCGCCUGGCCAGUUCAAGGAUGCAGGCGCAAAAAAAGGGUUUCGACGCUAUAGGUGGGAAUUCAAAGACAGCAAUAGAGAAUUCUGGGUGAAUGGACACGCCAUGAUCAAGCUGCUGACUCUGGCCUGCAUGAUCGCUGGACUACAACUCUUCGAAACAGUGGUCACUCACCCCAUCCUGAUCCUGGUUCUCACCAUGGAAGUGGCCAUCAUCGCUUUCUUCAUCUUCCUUUACUCCUUCGCCAUCAACAGAUACUUGCCCUUCAUCUUCUGGCCUAUCACUGAAAUCUUCAACGACCUCUUCGCCUUCGUGUUCCUGGUGGGCGGCAUAGUCUUUGCUGCAAAGGCGAGACGAGUGAUGCCACCGCCCUACUUAGCUGCUGUGGUCCUUAUGGGAGUUGCGGCGAUUUUUUCUAUUAUUGACCUGUGUCUUCAAAAGAAACACCUCAAAGGCAAGAAAAUCCGCAAGGGUGCUCUGGGACAAACAGGCCUCGGUGUACUGAUGGAGACAGUUACCAAAGAGGAAGAGAUGGCAAUCCGAAGGGCAAACGAGGCGAUUGAGAGGGAGGAGAGGGAAAGAAGGAAGAGGGAGAGAAGGAGGUAAGAGGACAGCAGCGCCUGCGGUCAGGAACGGAGGGAACGCCGGGAACGCUGGGAACAGCAGGAACGGCGGCGAGCUUUGUGGCCUGGCCUCUGUACUCUCUCCCCUUGCCGGCUUUCCAGCCUACUUUCCUUUGCCGUCAAUAAACACCUCUUGGAAAGUAAA